GGUCAUCGACUUAUCAGAGCGAGAAACGGUGGAUGGUAAUCGUUUACAUUUCCACGUUAACCGUUGACUUUUUGUCUUCUAACCACCCAAACGGUUUAGACUUCUGCGUGUUUCCAAAAAUACAAAGGAACCAAUGGCAGAAGAACACGCAGAGGUAUAAAUCAACGAGCCACGCUCGACUCGUCAGGAUGUCAGUAAGUGCACGCGUAGUAUCAAUAGCUUGUGUCUACUCGUUUCGUCCAUCUACUCAACCUAAUUCUCAUAGUCACCACUACGUGUCGUGCUCUCCUCAUCGCUGCUUCAAUUGAGAACAUGACGGGAAGACUACGUAUUUUCUUUCAUUUUUUUAAGGCCAGUGGAUAUAAAGAAGAUAUUUCACAAUGCAUGAAGACGAUUUUAUAGAUGUCGUUACACCUGAGUACUCAUAUAUUUUCAACUUCGAAAAAAGCUACUCUUAUCUAGACACACAAAACUGGUUGUUGAAUAAUUUAGUGUUCUGCUUCUCCUGCGUUAUCAUUUACGUCAUCAUAAUUGUUGGCGGGAUGUUUUACAUGUUAAAUAAACCAAAGUACAAUUUGAAACGUCCACUUGCAUUAUGGUAUGGAGUGAUGGCACUGUUCUCCAUUAUCGGAUUUAGUAGAACAGCACCGGAGUUGUUCUUUGCAUUGGGCCAUCGUGGCCUUUACUAUAGUGUUUGCAUACCUAGUAACUAUUUCCAAAAUCCUGUUUCUGGCUUUUGGACAUGGGCGCUUGUCCUAUCGAAAAUUGUACAAUUGUGCGAUACGAUGUUCAUCGUGUUACAAAAAGAACAACUGAAAUUUCUGCAUCUCUACCGUCAUUUAUCUGUUAUUCCUUACUUCUGUUUCACAUACCUGGGGACUACAGCAGCCAUGAGAUGGUUUAGCGUAAUGGAGUACUUUAUUAAUUCCUGCAUGUAUUCUUAUUAUGUAUUGAAUGCAAUGAAGUUCAAAUUACCAAUAUGUUUUAUUACGAUGUUUAAUGUAAUGCAGAUAGUACAAAUGAUAAUUAGUUACAUUAUAACUAACAUGGCUUAUAAUCAGCGAAGCGCCUAUAAACUUGACUGCUAUAUUACGUAUGAAACUUCAGUAAUUGGUCUCACCUAUUACAUCACCUCUUGUUACUUCUAUCUAAAAUUCUGCUGCUCGACUUACACAUCCAAGAAACAGAAAAACAAGGAUAUAAAGAUUCACUGAAAAGUGUAUCAAAGUUUUUUCUUUUUCUUUUAUAUUUCAAAUCUUUUUCUACGAGCACUUCUUAAAUAGCAUUUCGUGAAAGCAUUUCUAACGUAUUUCAGAAGUCUUUAUUAGUUCAGAAUGAUAGAAAUUUUUUUUUUUUUUGUUUUGAUAAAAUGAAAGUGAUAAGGAUUAUUUAAUUACUAUAAAAGAAUUAACGUAUUUAAUGUUAUGAUAUGAGAUGUGAAGACUUUUAAGAUAGUUGCUUUGGAAGAAACUAGAAACAGUGGAAAAUCAAGGGUGAAACUUCGUUAAGCGUAUCUUCAAAAUAUUUCUAGGAAACAUAUUAGUCGGAAAAAACGAUUGUUACUUGGUAUCUUUUCCUUGCAAUAUAUUCGAAGGUCAAGCUCGUUGGAGUUGAGGACUACCUCUUUGCAUAAUUACUAAUAUGGCUAACGAUGUUCAAAUUUCAAAAUUUUUCCACAUAAUAUAUUAAUAGAUUUAAAUAUCGACGUUUCUUUAAAGCUAAUUUACAAAUAUCGCUAUGAUACCACAUAGGUUAAAUAUUUCUUCAACUCCACUGAAAUUUUUGUCUACUUCUUGAAAUACCUGAAGAGCUUUCAGCUGCAUGUUUUUAGUUUAGUUUUUCUGGUUAUACCUAAUAUCUUUUUAUUUUAUUUUUAUUCUAUUAUAUUGCUGCGGUAUCUGCAACUUUUACAAAAACCGUUCUACACUUUUUUCUCAAUUUUUUAAAUCAUCUCUUGUUUCCUCUCGUGCUUAAUAAAAUACGUUUCGUCUUUGAUACCAUUAUAUACGAGAUAUUGGU